CGGCAUUCGGGCGGAAGGUGGGGUACCCCCUGGACAAGUCGCUACCUCAUCACAGGGCCAACACAGAUAGACAACAUUCACACAAUAGGACCAAUUUAGUGUUGCCAAUCAGCCUAUCCCCAGGUGCAUGUCUUUGGAAGUGGGAGAAAGCGGGAGUACCCGGAGGGAACCCACACAGUCACGAGGAGAAUAUGUAAACUCCACACAAAAAGAUCCAGAGCCCGGGAUUGAACCCAGGACUACUCAGGACCUUCGUAUUGUGAGGCACAUGUAGUAACACCUGUACCACCGUGCUGCCCACUAUACAAUAUCAGUGUAGAUAUAUAUUAAAUAUAAAAGUAAUCUAAUUAGAUAAAGCAUCUAAAUAUAUUUGAUACUGAAAUCAUUACACUAACUUCAGUUUUAGGGCAAAACCUAUGUUUUUUAUUUUAUAUUUAUUCCAACUCCAGUGCGCUCGUGCUGAUCGAUUUUACACGAAAUCGGCGAUCACAGUGAUUUAAUUCUGCAUAUUAAUUUCAUAGCAAACUGAAAAAGGAAGUUUGCCAAACAUUUAAAAAUACAGUUAAACCUGUGGUAAAACCCAUAUGGAUGGAUACACACGAAUACACACAUUACAACACUUUUUUUCUGCCAGACAGCAGAGCGUUGAUUGUAACAUCAAACAUUUGUGCCGAAAUAAAGAAUGUAGGAUUCACAAUAUUAUCAGCAAAUGAUAAGACUCACUUCAGUUUGCAUUGAUUUGAGCCAGCUAUAGCCGACAGACUGAAAAACAACACCUAACUGUUAUUAACCCAGCAUCAGACUGAGACGACACUACAAUAUGAAACUUGAACGACGAAACAUUAAAUGCUCAGAGAGUAUGUGAACCUCUACAUACAAAGAUAACACACAAAUCCACACAGACAUAAACACACGGAACCCCAAAAGAGAAUAGACAAGUUGUUGCCCACAAGUUUCUGGACAAGUUCCUGGCAGCUACCAUCCCUCCUGAUGACGCUGAAAGAAGAAGAAGAACCAUGAUGGCAGAGACGGUGAAGUACGUAGACGACGAGCACAAGAACAUUUUUCUCAAAUUGCUGAACGAGCAGCGGCUAGAAGGCGACCACUGCGACAUCGCCGUGGUGGUCGAAGACGUCAAGUUCCGCGCUCACCGCUGCGUUCUGGCGGCCUGCUCCAACUACUUCAAGAAACUCUUCAAGAAACACGAGGUGGAUAACUCGUCUGUGAUCGAGAUCGACUUUAUCCGCUCUGACAUCUUUGAGGAGGUGUUGAAUUACAUGUACACAGCCAAGAUCUCCAUCAAGAAGAGAGACAUCAACCUGAUGAUGUCAUCGGGACAAAUCCUCGGCAUCCGUUUCCUGGACAAGCUCUGCUCGCAGAAACGGGACAUGUCGUCUGAGGAUAAAGACAAGUUUCCUUUCGACAUUGUAAAGAUGGCGCUGCCCCCUGAGGCACAACUAGCUGCUGAGGCAGAGGGGCUCGGGGAGCAUGAGGACCCGCAUGCCGCGGAUGACCUCGUUGGGGCUGCGGCCAAUCAGGACCUAGAUAAGUCUCCCAAUGCGGCGCUUCGUGUUCAGGAGGCCAUUUUGAAAGAGCUGGUCAAUGAGGAUGUACACAAGGUGUCCUGCUAUGACCAAGACGUGGGGACGGACAUGGAGACGGAGCCAAAAGAACUGGGAGCAGAACACCACGCCACCCAGACGCUAACGUUUGCCGACAGCAUGGGCGAGGUCAAAGACGAGCAGCCGCCCGGUUGGGCCACAGCGACGGCGGACAUGAAGUUUGAGUAUCUCCUCUACGGGCACCGAGAGCAGCUGGCGUGCCACGUGUGCGCCAAGACCUUCUUAGACGAGUCCAGACUCAGAAAACACGAGAAGCUCCAUUCGGCCGAUCGUCCUUUUGCGUGUGAGAUCUGCUCUAAAGCCUUCACUACCCACGCUCACCUGAAAGAACACCUGAAGAUACACACGGGCUUCAAGCCCUACAGAUGUGAUGUUUGUGGGAAGUCUUUCAUCCGAGCGCCAGACCUGAAAAAACACGAGCGAGUCCACAGCAACGAGCGGCCUUUUGCCUGCCAGAUGUGUGAAAAGGCUUUUAAACACAAGUCUCACCUAAAAGACCACGAGAGGAGACACAGGGGAGAAAAACCAUUCGUCUGUACGUCCUGCACAAAAGCCUUCGCCAAGGCGUCCGAUCUAAAGCGCCACGAAAACAACAUGCACAGUGAAAGGAAACUCCUCCAGAGCGACACAGAUGCCCUGCAGGCUGCUGCCAUGGCUGCCGAGGAGUCACAAAUGGACAAUAUGAGCUGCUCCUAACACCUGGACUGGACUCUGUAGUUUAUUUUUUUUUUUUAAAUGACUGUCAAAACGGGCAAAGAAGUGCCAUGUUUUUUUUCAGUCGAAACCAAACUUUGUACAUAGUUGGCUCAAUUCUACUUGAAAUAAAAUACAUCUGUUCAGUUUAAUGAGCAGAAAUGUACAAUAA